AUGCCAGCCACCCAAGAGGAAUCCAUAGCUCGGACUGAUGUCAUACAACUGACAGACAUACGUUCUGUCUACGAGGAUGCCCCCGAUGACUCUCAAUCAAGAUCAUCUCGACAUAACAUUUUUUUGCCCCACGUCCUGGAACCUGAUGCGUCGCCUUUACCAUCACGAAACCAUCCGAUCCGUACAAAAUCUCUAGCUUUACUUACUUCCCUUCAUUUUUCAAGCACCUGGGGAGACCGAUGUUUCGAGUUCGCAGCGUAUCUCUUUCUUAUCCAGAUUUUCCGUUCUACCCUGCUUCCUGCGUCUAUAUUUGGGUUUUGCACGACUGGUGCCGCGAUCGUUUUAUCGGGAUGGAUGGGGCAUCUAGUUGACAAACGGCACCGAUUACGCAUCCUACAACUGGCAAUAUUCUUCCAAAAGGUCGCUACCGCAAGUGCUUAUGCAGCAUUCACGGCUAUCUUCUUUAUCGAUAAACUCUUGGAGGCCGGGUCCCAAGGUAAAAAUGCCGAAGGCCCUAUAUGGGCACUCUUCAUUGCCAUCGUGCUAUCUGGCAUGGUCAUCAAGCUGGCUACUGUGUGCAUCCAGAUUAGCAUAGAGAGAGAUUGGGCUACUACCAUCGGAGAAGGCGACACCGUACGCCUUAUGAGGAUAAACACUUGGCUGCGUCGUAUAGACUUGAUAUGCAAACUGAUAUCCCCGCUAUUUGUCUCUAUGCUGACGACCGCAGUUUCCUACCGCUUUGCGGCAGCCUUCUUGUGCGGUAUGGCCGUCACCACUGCUUCCAUCGAGAUCCCGUUAUCUCAUGUCGUGUAUAAAAUGUUCCCCGCCCUUGAGUCAGAAUACCAGCAGCGUAUGGCGAAUUCUCGGGACGCAGACCAAAAGAGUCACAACCAGAAAUUCUCAUUCAAGCGUUGGAUCGAUCCGAGACCGACCUUUCGGGACUGGCAAGAGUUCUCUCAUUUUCCUGUGUUUUACAAUCAUACCUCAAAGCCGCUAGAGACUGGAAUGAGUAGGCUUAUUUCCUCUUCUGUUUCAUGGUGUUUACAAACAAUCAUCGAUAGUCCUUUCAUCGCAGGUAUGAGAGCGAUCUGCACUGUAACAGGCCUCAUAGGAACGAUUCUUCUCCCCCAUGUCGAGCGUAAAAUCGGCUUGAUUCGGUGUGGUGCUUGGUCCAUCUGGUCGGAGGUCGUUACUUUAGUGCCCACGGUAUUGGCAUUGUACAUUGGAGUUCCCAAGGGAAUCGGCCAUGGGCCUGCGUAUAACAACGCGAUGCUCUUUGGAGGGAUGGCACUCUCACGUGUAGGACUCUGGAUGUUCGAUUUGGCACAACUACAGAUCCUGCAAGAAGCCCUUGAGCACCAUCCUCGAAGAAACACCCUCACAGCUUUGCAGUACUCUCUCAUGAACACAUUCGAUAUGCUGAAAUACGUCUUGACUAUGAUCCUAUCUGAUCCUCAACAGUUUCGUUGGGCAGGGCUAGUGUCGUGGAUUGUCGUUUUCUUUGGAGGACUUCUUUACGGCGUCUACGUAUAUAAGAGUCGCGGACAUAUCGUCCACGUGGAAUGGGUUUACAGAGUUAUCGGGAAGAAGAAUGAAUAA